AUGAGAGUGUGUUCUCUGCAUUUUCACUCGGGUAAACCAUCAUAUGAGAUGUUGGAGAAUCACCCUGACUGGACACCAUCCUUGCGGCUGCUCACAGAGUUCAUUAAAGUGGGCAAUCUUCAGGCCCUGCGCACCUUCCGGGUUUUACGCGCUCUCAAAACCAUCUCAGUGAUCCCAGUAACAGUGCGAGCAAUCCGAGGCGAGGAAGGGGAGGGAAUGAGCCAUCAGGGAAUGCUAACGUUUAGCACUGACAACUAUGCUAUGCUAAUGUCAAUGGCUCUCAAGCUGAUAUAUGUCACAGAGUUCGUGGACCUGGGAAAUGUCUCCGCUCUGAGGACGUUCAGAGUACUGCGCGCUCUCAAAACCAUCUCGGUCAUCCCAGGUCUGAAGACCAUCGUGGGCGCUCUGAUUCAGUCGGUGAAGAAACUCGCCGACGUCAUGAUCCUCACCGUGUUCUGCCUCAGUGUGUUCGCUCUGAUUGGACUGCAGCUGUUCAUGGGCAACCUACGACAAAAGUGUGUGCGCUCCACCACUCUCUGCUUCCACGCAAACGUAACAUCGGUUGGGUUACCCCACAACCUGCACCCCUCGGACCUCAUCCUCCCCCCGGGUUUCGAUCCCCGCUUGCUGCCGUCCACAGAAGGGCUCCCUCCACUGGACGACUUCAGUAACGACACCACGGUCUUCUACUGCAACAACAAGACCUGGGCCUCAGUGGAGAACUUCAUCAACUCUGAGGAAAAUUUCUACAAAGUGGAGGGGGCCAAAGACGCUUUAAUCUGUGGGAACAGCAGCGACGCGGGGAGAUGUCCGGAUGGAUUUGUGUGUCUGAAAGCCGGGAGAAACCCAAACUACGGCUACACAAGCUUCGAUACGUUCGGGUGGGCGUUCCUGUCGCUGUUUCGCCUCAUGACACAAGACUACUGGGAAAACCUCUAUCAUCAAACGCUGCGCUCAGCCGGUAAAACCUACAUGGUCUUCUUUGUGGUGGUCAUCUUCCUGGGCUCGUUCUACCUGGUAAACCUGAUCCUUGCGGUCGUUGCCAUGGCGUACGAGGAGCAGAAUCAAGCCACCAUCUUGGAAGCCAAUCAGAAGGAGCGCGAGUUUCAAGAGGCGAUGGAGCGGCUCAAACAGGAGCAGGCCGCGGCCCAGAAAGCCCUGGACUCCGACUCGGUGAUGUCUCGUGACGUUUCACCUUUCGCUCCUCCGCUGACCCCUGACCCUACAGCGGAGGAGCGGAGGCGGAGCCAAGCGCUGGUGGGCGUGGCCAACCUGGAAGCCAACUUAUCAGAGGAGAGGCUGCUCACAGACUCAAAGCCGCUCCAUUCCCUCCUGUCGCGCUCGUUCUCCUCGCGCCGCUGUUCUAACGUCUCGUCCAUCUUUAACUUCGUGCUGAGAGGGCGGGGCUCUGAAGGCGAGCGGGGGCGGGAUUCCGAGUGCGACAUGGCAGAUGACGAAUUCAGCGUUCCUGGAGACGUCUUGGAAGUGGCGCCCUCGCGGUUCACUUCCACCGGCGUCUACAGCCCGAGUGCGUACACCGGCGGCCAGUACCACGCACCAGUGUGGAGGCGCACCAGUACCUUCAGCACGCAAAGCCGCAACUCUCAGGUUUUCUACCCCACUCUGAAUGUGAAUGGCCGCCUGCUGCUGGGGGUGGAAAACGGCCUGUGCUCCCCCCCUCUGCCUGGGCUAGUCCCGGGUCUGGUCUCUGGAGGGGGGCCUGGGGGAGUCCCAUCAUGUGCCAUGGAGAAACUUAAUGAGGAGAGUGUUCCCACGUCGUCCACCGAGCUCAGCACAGUGCUGCUGCCUCGGCCCUCAUCCAAUCAUAGCUCAGAGAGGAGGGGGCGGAGCCUGAGUGCCAACAGCUGCCUCACGGACGCCAUGGAUGAGCUAGAGGAGACACACGGCCACCGCUGCCCCCCCUGCUGGUACGUCCUGGCAGAGCGUGUCCUGGUUUGGGAUUGCACCCCCCGCUGGCUGCGGCUCAAAGCGUCAGUGAACGUGAUGGUGAUGGACCCGUUCCUGGACCUGGGGAUUACGGUUUGCAUCGUCCUCAAUACGCUCUUCAUGGCCAUGGAGCACUACCCCAUGACUGACGAGUUCAACAGCAUGCUGACCAUCGGGAACCUGGUCUUCUCUGGGAUCUUCACGAUGGAGAUGGUCCUGAAGAUCAUUGCAUUGGAUCCGUACUUCUACUUUCAAACCGGAUGGAACAUCUUCGACAGCAUCAUUGUCUGUCUGAGCCUCAUGGAGCUGGGACUGUCGGACGUGGAGGGACUGAGUGUGCUCCGGUCCUUCAGGCUGUUGCGUGUAUUCAAACUAGCGCGCUCUUGGCCCACUCUUAACACUCUCAUUAAGAUCAUUGGAAACUCCAUGGGCGCCCUGGGAAACCUGACCCUGGUCCUUGCCAUCAUCGUCUUCAUCUUUGCUGUGGUUGGGAUGCAGCUGUUUGGGAAAAAUUACCAGGACUGCGUGUGUAAGAUCUCCAAGGACUGCCUGUUGCCGCGCUGGCACAUGAAGGACUUCUUCCACUCGUUCCUCAUUGUGUUUCGUGUUCUCUGUGGAGAGUGGAUCGAGACCAUGUGGGACUGUAUGGAAGUGGCAGGACAACCACUCUGCAUCCUGGUGUUCAUGCUGGUCAUGGUGAUCGGCAACCUGGUGGUCCUGAACUUGUUCCUGGCCCUACUGCUCUCCUCCUUCAGUUCUGAUAACCUUUCAGCUCCCGACGACGACGGAGAAAUGAACAAUCUGCAGAUCGCCCUCAAACGGAUUUGCAUCGGGGUCUGCUGGUGCAAGGACCAGAUACUGCUGUUCUUUAACCGGGGUCUGAAGAGGAGGAGAGAAAAACUCAGAAAGGCUCAGAUCCAAACUCUGAAACUGAAACGACUGAGCAGCGUGCAUCAGGAGAACGGAGCCAUUGGUCGACAAGUGGAGAAGUAUGUGUCUUCAGACGACAGCUACAUGACCAACGCCUCUCUGACCCUGAGUGUGCCCAUCGCCCCCGGAGAGUCUGACCUGGAGUUCAACGAGGAAGAGGAGGAGGAGGAGGAGGGGAGUGACGAGGAGCGCGAGUACGACACGAAGGAUGACAUCAGCCUGUCAGAGGGCAGCACUGUGGACCUGAGGAAACCAGGAGAAGAAGAGGAGGACUUCUCUGAGCUGGAGCAGGAGGCCAUGGACCCUGAGAACUGCUUCCCCGAAGUGUGUGUGCGCCGCUGCGCCUGCUGUGACAUCGACACCUCUUCUGGUUCGGGUCAGAUCUGGUUCAGAGUCAGAAAAACUUGUUACCAGAUCGUGGAGCACAGCUGGUUCGAGACUUUCAUCAUCUUCAUGAUCCUGUUGAGCUCCGGGGCCCUGGCCUUUGAAGACAUCUACAUAGAGAAGCGGCGGGUGGUGAAGACUGUCCUGGAGUACGCAGACAAGAUCUUCACGUAUGUCUUCAUCUUGGAGAUGAUCCUCAAGUGGCUCGCCUACGGAUUCAAGAAGUACUUCACCAACUACUGGUGCUGGCUGGACUUCCUCAUUGUGGACGUCUCGCUGGUGUCCCUUGUGGCCAAUGCUUUGGGAUAUUCUGAUUUUGCUGCAAUUAAAUCCCUGCGCACUCUGCGUGCGCUCCGGCCACUCAGAGCGCUGUCGCGCUUUGAGGGCAUGAGGGUGGUGGUGAACGCUCUCAUCGGCGCCAUCCCCUCCAUCAUGAACGUCCUCCUCGUGUGCCUCAUCUUCUGGCUCAUCUUCAGCAUCAUGGGCGUCAACCUGUUUGCCGGGAAAUAUGGCCGCUGUGUGAACCGCACGGGCUUCAUCCACGACGCAGCACGCAUCAACAACAAGAGCGACUGCCUGGCUCUCAACUCCACCAACUACUACUGGACCAAAGUCAAGGUCAACUUCGACAAUGUGGGAGCAGGAUACUUGGCCCUGCUACAAGUGGCCACGUUCAAAGGAUGGAUGGAGAUCAUGUACGCAGCAGUGGACUCCAGAUCUGUGGAGGAGCAGCCCAUAAAGGAGAUAAACCUGUACAUGUAUUUGUACUUUGUGGUCUUCAUCAUCUUCGGCUCCUUCUUCACUUUGAACCUCUUCAUAGGCGUCAUCAUAGACAACUUCAACCAGCAGAAACGAAAGAUGAGUCUCAAAACACUCAUUGCUGAACCUGCCCUCUCUCAAAACACUCCCAAGCCUCAUUUCCACUGA